AUGUUGAGCCCUACCUUUGUACUGUGGGAUAUUGGAUAUCCCUUAUACACUUAUGGCUCCAUCAUCAUUAUUGCAUUAAUUGUUUGGCAAGUGAAAAAGAACCAUCGAAAAUUAAGGUUGAGACCUAACAGGAGCUGUUGCCGGCACCACCAGAGAGUCAAACAAAGGGCUAAAUAUAGAACAUCAAGAGCUAGGGGACUUUCAAGACUUUCUCAGAAAGAAGCUGAGAAGCCAUGGGAGCUGCUCUCUAUCAUGAAAAGACAAGGUUGGCUUCCUCAGGAGGGAAGUGUGCGGAGGCUCCUGUGUGCAGAUCCUUCCUGCCCCAUCUGCAAUGCUGUGGCUCUAGAGAUCCAGCAUUUGCUGGAGGGUGAGAACACCCUGGUCUCUCCCACUUCAUCAGGGCUAUCACGGGCCUCCUCUUGCCCAGAGAUUUUUUCCAUGUCUAAUAUGUCUUUUGGGCAGAAUCAAGGUUCCCAUCACUCCCAAGAGCUUUCACUUCCAUCUACAACCCCCUCCAUGUCACAGCUAACUGAUCAGAAAUCCUCAGUCCAGUCAACUGCCCAGUCAACCAGUGCAGCCACCAUCCAAGAUUACCGGGCUAAACACCAGCGAAAGCAGGGGUUUCAAACACAAUGUAUGUCCUGGGAUGCAGGAGCUCUGUAUUCUUCAAGCCUUGAGGAGCAUAGGAUUCCUACGAACCAGCAGGACAAGAAGAAGAGCAAUUCCAAAUGUGUCCUGGAGAAACAAGAAGCUACAGAAGCUGGCUUGGGAAAUAAGAUGAAGCACUUUCUACACUGGAUUAACCCCAAGGUGAAAGGUCAAGGGCAUAAGGAAUCCAUUCUCUCUAAGGAUGAGACAGUAGAAAAAACUAUGACAAAAAAUGUUGAGAAGAGUCCACCCCUCAACAAAGGCCCUGUGAGGCCAGCUAAGUUGGAGAAGAAAACAGAGGAGGAGGGCAUGACCUUCUUUGAUGCCUGCCAGUGCGUAGACAAUGAACAGCAUCAACACCCCCUUUAG